AUGUUGGGCGCCGAAGACGAAGAAGAACAUUUCUAUGAAGUCUUCUACGACGAAGAAGAAGAAGAACUUGAAGCAGAACUUGAAGAAAGACUUGAAGCAGCAUUUGGAGAAGAACUCGAAGAAGAACUCGAAGAAGAACAAGAAGAAGAAGAGGAAGAAGAGGAAGAGGAAUGGGAAUGGGAAUGGGAGGAAGCUGAACAAGUUCUCAGUCCGCAACAGCGUGAACAACGCGAUAGGCACUGGGCAAACUUAACCGAAGUCAGCAAUAUUUUGCAAAACAUCGAAACUAUCGUGAUUCCCCCACUUGAGGGUGGGGGGCACAUAGGCCUGGCUCUUCAAGUCGUACGCACUGAUCCGACUAUUCAGGAUGAAGACCGCGCCCUCAGGCAAACACUGACUCGUCUCUGGAAUGAAAGCCGUUAUCUCAAUGAGCUUCUGUGUGUCAAUUUCGAACGCAAGCAGGAGGAGCAGCAAAGGGAAAUUCUGCGCGCUGAAAGGGAGAGGAACGUACUGCAGGUUGAGAUGAUGCAGUUUACCGCUAAUUUCCGGAGGAUGUAG